GACUGGUUAUACUUAUAAAUAUUUGUAAAAAUAAAGAAAUACGAUGGCACAGUGUACCAUCAAUGGAAUUCAAGUAUUAUUUCCUUGUCAACCAUAUCCAGUUCAAGAAGAAUAUAUGAAAAAAGUAAUCGAGUGCUUACAAAAGGGCGUCAAUGGAAUUUUAGAGAGUCCAACUGGUACCGGGAAAACAUUAAGUUUACUUUGUUCAUCUCUAGCUUGGCUUGAAAGUAGGAAAGCUCAACAGCAAUUGUCUAUUAUACAAAAUUCUAGCCAGGGAAAUAAUAGUAUGCUUGGUGAUUUAAAAAGUGUAUUAGAUGGAUUGACUGGUGCUUGGAAUGCAGGCCCUAACUUUAUGUCACAAAGAAUUAUAUAUAGCUCAAGAACACAUUCUCAAAUUUCACAAGCAGUUCAAGAAUUGAAACGAAGUAAUUACAGGCAUAUUAAGUCAGUUGUUCUUGGUUCUCGAGAUCAGUUAUGCCUUCAUCCUGAAGUUUCUAAAGCUCCAAACCACACUGCUAAGCUGUAUAUGUGUCGAGCAAAAAUCAGCAAUAAAAGCUGCCCAUUUUAUUUAAACUUUGAGGAAAAGAUUUUAUCUCAAACGGAUUACCAAGAUUCUGCUGUUUUAGAUAUAGAGGACCUAAUGACAUUAGGAAAAAAACAUACGGUUUGUCCAUAUUAUGCUGCUCGUAAUAUCAAAACAAAGGCAGAUAUUAUAUUCACUCCUUACAAUUACAUCAUCGACCCGAAAAGUAGAAGAGCCCAUGGCAUUGAAUUGGAAAGUAAUAUUGUUAUAGUUGAUGAAGCACACAACAUUGAAAGUGCUUGUGAAGAGAGUAUGUCUUUUCAACUGCGUUCAUAUGAUUUGGCACUGUGCAUUACUGAGAUUACGCAAAUCAUGGAUAUGAUAAAAAAUUUUGAUCAAGAAUUUUCAAGUUCAGACAGCGGUGCUCCUGAUUUCACUUUAACUGAUUUAUCUAUUUUGAAAGUCAUGUUUUGUGAACUGGAAGAAACUAUUGAUAAGGAACUUUCUGAGACUUCUGCCAAUGAUGGAUCAAAACCAGGAGAUUAUGUCAUAGAGAUCCUGUCUAGAGUUGAGUUAACUCCUCAAAAGAAAGAUGUGGUUUUAGACCUUUUAGACAAAAUAAUUUUAUAUCAUUCAACAAGCACAAGUGGUCUUUUUGGUUCUAAAGGUGCUGGGCUUCAAAAAUUUUCUGACUUGGUUAGCAUCUUAUUUUCUCGAACUUCACCUGAUAUGUUUAGAGAAUAUGAUUAUAAAAAGGAAUUUGCCUCUAAAUAUAGGGUUUUUCUGCAAUAUGAUACUUUGAAUAAGUCUCAGACUUCAUCUGAUCCUUGGGCUGUUGCUCCUAAAGGUUCUACACGAAAGCAAAGUUGGAAGUUAGAUUGCUGGUGUUUUUCACCUGGUUUAGGAAUGCAGGAUAUAGUCAAUCGAGGUGUUCAUAGCAUCAUCUUGACCAGUGGUACGUUAUCCCCUCUUGGACCAAUGAUUAAUGAAUUAGGGGUUAAUUUUCCUGUGCAGUUGGAAAAUCCUCAUAUUAUAUCUGACAAUCAAGUGUUUGUUGGUGUUGUAACUUGUGGGCCUGAUGGCACACCACUCAAUUCAUCCUUUCAGAAUAGAUCCAAUGAAAAAUACAUCAACUCUCUUGGACGUACAAUAUGUAAUUUUGGCAGGAUGAUACCUGAUGGCUUAUUGGUGUUUUUCCCUUCCUAUUCUGUUAUGAAAUCUAAUGUUGGUUGGUGGGAAGAAAAUGGAAUAUGGCAACAGUUAUCUGGAAUCAAACCCCUCUUCGUAGAACCUCAAGGGAAGGAUGCAUUUCAAGAAAGUAUUGAGAAAUAUUAUUCUGUAAUAAAAGAUCCAGAUUCUAAAGGUGCUGCUCUUCUUGGAGUAUGCAGAGGAAAAGUAAGUGAAGGGUUGGAUUUUGCUGAUGAAAAUGCUCGUGCUGUUGUAAUUACUGGCUUACCAUUUCCACCAUCAAUGGAUCCAAGGGUUAAAAUGAAGAUGAGUUAUCUUAACAGCAUUGCAAAAGAGUCAAAG